AUGAUAGAAUUAUUCAUUCUCUUUUUUAAUCAGGCAAAAAGGGAUGAAAACGCAAAUGGAUGGCCCCUGAGAUAUUCCCAAGCCUGUUCGUAUCUAACCAUUAGACUGACUCGUUCACUUACUUUCUUUCUUUCUCAUUUUCUCAUAUCUAUCUAUCUAUCUAUUUCAGUCUGCUCAUAUCUAUCUAUCUAUCUAUCUAUUUCAGUUUUCUCAUAUCUAUCUAUCUAUUUCAAGUUUGUUCAUAUCUAUCUAUCUAUCAAUCUAUGCGAAUUUGUUCAUAUUUACCUAUCUAUCUAUCUCAGAUUGUUCAUAUCAAUCUUUGGUCAUUACCUAUAUAUUUCUCUGUUCAUAUCUAUCUAUCUAUCUAUCUAUCUAUCUAUCUAUCUAUCUAUCUAUGUGAGUUUCUUUCUAUCUAUCUAUCUAUCUAUCUAUCUAUGUGAGUUUCUUCAUAUCUAUCUAUCUAUCUAUCUAUCUAUCUAUCUAUCUAUCUAUCUCAGACUGUUCAUAUCUACAUGUUUAUCUAUCUUAAAUCAUUAUGUAUAUAUCUCUCUGUUCAUAUAUCUAUCUAUCUAUCUAUCUAUCUAUGAGAGUUUGUUCAUAUCUAUCUAUCAAUCUAUGCGAAUUUGUUCAUAUUUACCUAUCUAUCUAUCUCAGAUUGUUCAUAUCUAUCUUUGGUCAUUACCUAUAUAUUUCUUUGUUCAUAUCUAUCUAUCUAUCUAUCUAUCUACCUAUCUAUCUAUCUAUCUAUGUGAGUUUCUUCAUAUCUAUCUAUCUAUCUAUCUAUCUAUCUAUCUAUCUAUCUAUCUAUCUAUCUCAGACUGUUCAUAUCUACAUGUUUAUCUAUCUUAA